AUGAAGGCGCCCAAGGGCUACGCGAUGGUGGCGGGCGCGGCGGAGCCGGCGGCGUCCCAUAUCGGAUGCAAGGAGUACGUCAUGACGGUGUCCAGUCGGCUCUACUUCUCCAGCUUCUACCGCCUCGUGUAUUUCUUCAUGAUCGCCUCUAGCAUUGUAUGCGUCGCCUGGACAGGGAUGAAUGACUGGAAGAUUCCGUCGUCAGUCGUGUUCAUCUCACUGGAGAUCACGGUCAGUGCGCUGUUGGUGUUCGAGGUGCUGCUGCGUAUGAUGGCGUUUAAGAAGAGAUUCUGGCACAAAUGGUGCAACAUCUUCGACGUCGUCGCGUUAGUUAUGAGCCUGGUGUCCGUGGCCAUGUACUUUAACGAAGGGGAGGGCGUGUUAGGCGAGCUGGAAGAGGUUGCGGCGGAUUCGGUGCUGGCCCUGCGCAAUGCAGUGCAGUACGUCAGAUUAGCGAUUUUCCUCAAGAACCGGUCAGAUCAGCCCGCGACUAUCGGCAAAGAUAUUGACUUCGAGGAGUUGGCUGUACAUCCGGAUGACGAGCGAGAAAUGAUGCUGAACGCGGAGAGUGGAAUGAGCUUGGACAGCGAUGACGAGGAGGAAAUCCAGAUCGUGUAG